UAUUCCGCAAUUUAUACCGCCUAACGACCUACCCACCUACCGGCUGUUGAAGAUUGUAGAGUUAUUAAUUGAUUCAUUUUUUGGACUAAAAAUAAGUACGCAACAAAUUAUUAUAAAAUGGCUUGGGUCCCGUUGGAAUGUAACCCUGAGGUUAUGACAAAGUUGUUGCAUAAAGUGGGCGUUCCAAAAAAAUGGAACAUUGUCGAUGUCUACGGAGUAGAUCCCGAUAUGCUGGCCAUUUUGCCCAGACCAGUACUUGCCAUGAUUCUGUUAUAUCCUCUUUCUGAGAAGCAGGAAGCACCUGAAAUGAAUGAAGAAAGCCAGGCGGAUGAUGAUAAAAGUAUAUCUCCUAAUGUCUACUUUCUGAAGCAGUUUAUUUCAAAUGCUUGUGGAACCAUCGCUUUAAUUCACAGCCUCGCUAAUAACACUGAAGAGCUUCAACUGGAGGAUGGAUUUUUGAAAUCAUUCUUGGAUAAGACCAAAGAUCUUUCCAGCACUGAACGUGGAGAACUUCUAAUCAAAGCAGACGAUCUUAUUGAAACCCACAAAGAAUUGGCGCAAGAGGGACAAACCGAGGCUCCUAGUGAGAAUACGCCGGUGUUUAAUCACUUUGUUGCGUUUGUACAAAAAGAUGGCCAUAUCUAUGAGUUAGACGGACGGAAAGAUGCUCCAAUCAAUCAUGGAGUUUCCACCGCCGCUACGUUCCUGGAAGAUGCCGCUCGUGUUUGUCAGGAAUAUAUGAAACGCGAUCCAGAGCAAUUGCGUUUCUCGAUGGUCGCACUUACUCCUGCCGAGUAAAUCCAAAUCCUUUUCAUUAUUACCUAAUAUGUAUGGCCAUUAUAAACCAAAUUUUGUACUUUUUGCAUAUUUUUAUAUUGCCGCCAAGUCUUUGAGAACUUUGCUACUUCUUGUGAUCUUGCUUCAAUGCAUAAUUUCGCGUAUAUAAAUUAAAUGAAUAUAAAAGA